AUGGACUCCCCGCUAGCUCUCAAUCGAGCUGCCCUGGACGAAUUUGUCGGCCAGCGAGUGUCUCGCGAGAUGGUCACCCACUUGGCCCGGCAAGCGUCGCAGGUCAUCCGCUGUGAGCAGGUGACCGUCAGUCACGGGCAGGUCACGCCCCCUUCAACGCCGCCGCUGGACAAUCUUCCUCUACUGCCUACCAUUGAGCAGUUCAUUGCCUCGCUGGUCGCCCGUUCGCAGGUCCAGGUGCCCACCCUGAUGAGCUCGCUGGUCUAUCUGGGCCGCCUGCGUGCCCCCAAGAACCUGAACGACUCCAGCCCUAAGAACAAGCAUUGGGCUCGGUACACCGCCGUCAAGGGCUUCGAUGGCUUCGGGUUUUCCAUGCCCGAGGUCAAUCUGAUGGAGCGACAGCUCCUCUUCCUGUUGGACUGGGAUACCCGUGUCACUGAGGAGGAUCUGUUGACACACCUGGAGCCCUUCUUGGAGCCGAUUCGGCUCCGUCUCGAAGCACGCGAACAAGCCAGGAAAGCCGAGGAGGACCGGCAACGGAAGCAGCAGCAACACCGCGAAUGGCGCCGUCUCCAUGCAUCGGCGGAUCUCCUUGCCAGCCGUCUUCGUCGCCAGAAAGCCGAUAUCCGCAGCGACGGCCGUCGUGGAUCCGAUAUCUCGACGCGUCGUCUGCCCAGCCAUGUCUCCUGCCCCAGCAUGCAUAGUGCUCACAACAGCAAUUCCUCGCCGCCGAACGCUACGGAUCCCGAUCGGUUCAAUCCCUACAUGCGUCACCGCACCUCGCCCUCCCGGCAAGGCCGCUCCAUCUCGCCGCCGUCGAUUCGUGACGUGCCGGGUCUAUCGCAUGCCGAGACUUUCAAUUCGCUCUGCUCGCGGUCUUCCAGCCUAGCGCCCAGCUCGCGCGGUACUCCCGCUAGCAUUAGCACCUGCUCCUCGCACGGCACGGACGACGUGAUGGUAACCGACACCAGCAGCAGCCCGGCAUCCUCGCUGAGCUACAGCUAUGUCAACGUCGGGCCGUUGGAGACCAAGCAGCCCUUGUGUGAGCCCACCCGCCAGCCCAGCAAGAAGAUGAAGCCCAACGGCCACGUCCACGGCGGUGGCUUUGUUGCCCGAUUCCUGGCCUCCGCUACUGGCUCCUACGGCCGGAUUGGCUGCCCUCACUAG